ACCAUCUCGCCUUCCGACAGCCACGUAGCUGGAAAAAAGUGGGAUCGAGCCAAGAGACGGCGCUGCGCUCAAAUCAUGGAGGCCUCCGAGGCGAGGGCAAAGCGACGGAAGACCCACACAGAGGAUGGGACGCAGCCGUCUCCAGAGCACAGCGGGCAUCAGGCCCGCGAAGAGCCUGCCGAGAGAUGGAUGAAUCUUAGCGACUCUGCAAGAGUGGACGACGAUCACGAAGCAGGCACGCAGAGUCAGAUGGACUAUUUGCUCUUGCUGCUCGGGGACUCCAACUUGCCAACGGGCGGAUUUGUAGCUUCGUCCGGUCUCGAGUCAUUCGCGGCGCACGGGCUCCUGAGGGCCUUCGGAACGAUGGACUCCAGACCUUUGGCCUCUAGCUCCGGCCUCACCUCGGGCCUCCGGAAUGCACCACUUUCUAGCAGUGGUCAACUGCUAGUGUACUUGGCUUCUUCGCUCGACUCUUAUGCCAGCACUUCAUUGCCCUACCUGUGCGACGCGCAUGGACUCGCCGCAGGGUAUCUCUCGAGCGCGUCAAGCGAGUCCAAAGACGUGAUGGAGCCCCGCUGCGAUUACGCUUCGGCUGCAAUGAUUGGCUUGAGAAAGCUCGACGAUUCGCUCGAGGCCGGCUUACUGUCCAACGUCGCAAGACGCGCAAGCACGACACAAGGCGUCGCACUGUUGACUCUUCACUCGAAAGCAUUUGCAAAGCCGAUCGCUCUGACCAAAGGACAUCCUGCAACUACUCAAACAGCACCGAAAGCAAAAGCAGCAGACUUGAGACCCACCAGCCGACUACGAGCAGAAGAAAUUCUCGAUCUAUAUCGAGGUGCGAUCAGAAGAGGUGAAAGCGAGGGCCAUCUGCCAAUCUGCUGGGGCGUAUUUUGCGCAGCACUCGGCAUAGAGAGAGAUGCCUCGGUCAGGACGCACAUGUUUUUGCAAGCGAGAGCAAUCGUCUCUGCUGCCAUUCGAAUGAACGUCAUAGGCACAUACGCAGCUCACAGCCUCUUGCAUUUUCAACUCAGAUCAGUACUGACUUCUAUCGUCGACAAGUACGGAGGGAAUCCCAGUGUUGGUCUAGACGAUGACGUAGAUCCAGAUGAAUGUGGACAUCGUACCACUUCGAGUCAAUAUCGGACUCACCCCGCCAUUCUUCGCUCAUCAAGAGGCUACAUGCAUGGCGUGUCAAACCAUGCUACCGCUCUGCCCGAAGCUGUGAGAGAUGACGACCUGAGCCAAGGCUGGGCGUGGGACUGGGAAGAGGAAGGUGCUUGGCAUAUACAGGAAGACGAAGGGUCUCACGACGCGGGCCAGACGCGGGCCUCCGCUCCAGCCGUCACUUGGCCAUUGGGCGAGAUCCUGCAAGGUCGGCACGACGUAUUGCACUCGAGAAUGUUCAACAGUUGACAAGG